AUGUUCCCUUCUAGAACAGUUCAAGAACCUCAAGUGUCAACAAUCUCAUUAAAAUCGAAAGAAGAUGCAGAAGCUGAAAUCGAAAGAUUAAAACAAUAUGUAGAAGAUUUGAAACAAAAAGAAGAAAGCAAGAAACGUGCAUCAAAUGUACUUGUACCUUGUAGUCCAUCUCCACGUAAGAAAAAACGUGAACGGUUCGAGAGUGUCCAGAGUGAAGAGAGAAGUUCAAGAGAUCAGCCAUCGUCAAAGUCAACUCAUCGACCUACUGCUGGAUCUUCUCGAACAGCUCUUCAGGAUUCAAAGAAUGUCCUAGUGGCUAGAGAACUUCUCAUGACAGCCCGACCCAAAUCGUCAUUAUUGGAUGGUAUGAAGGCAGUACGGGAGAAUUUGAAAAUCAGUGCUACUGUGCGCGCCGUGCCACGAAACACAUCAUUUCUAGACCCUAGACCGAAUCCCACAAGAUCUGCUCCUAUAACCCAACAAUCACCUUUCUGUUCAAACCGAAUCAAAGCCUCAGUUCCAGAACAUGUAGUUCAACCUAGUAGUUCAAGAUCGACUCUAAAUGAUGCGGAACCUUACAACAAAUCUUCAACUGGUUUACGAGAGGCAGAUUUGACAGUACGAGCGGAAAUUCCGAUUGGUCCGGUUGAAUUUAAACCUCCAAUUGGUGAUCCUAUCUUUUCGACUUUAGAACCGAAUUCGAAUGUAAGAUUAAGACAAAGGAAUUUAAGUCAUGAGGAUCUUCAAGAUCAUUUAUAUGGACGUCAUAUUGUUAGAAUCAAUGAAUUAUACAACAUUAUUAGGAAACUUGAUGAUUCCAAAUCAAAGGGUGGUACGGAGUGGGAUAUACCCUUGAUUGGAGAUUGGGUCCUUUUUGCGGUCAUUGGUGAAAAGGGAGACUUGAAGCUUACCAAUCCCCAAAACUCUCAGCUGCCUCCUUCCGAAAGCAAAUCUCUUGGUUCUAAACAAAAGGGAAAAGCUGCUCGGGUUCCUGAAGGAGAAGAUGAUGAAUUAUCCGAAUGUCUUCGUCGGGAUGAAGAUGUACAACAAGCGACUAAUGAUGCUGAAUUCAGUAGUGGUCGAAUCCGACAACGUAGACAUUACAUCAACUUCAAAUUAAUUGAUAUGUCAAGCAAGAGUAUCAGUCAAAGUGGUAGCGGGAUGAUCAACAUGAUCUUAUUUGAAGCCGAAGACGUCAGCUCAACAGACACAAUAGACAUCAAUGGAAAUCCAACAAUUCACAAAGUAUAUAGAGGUGGUAGUGGAGGAGCAUAUGAGAAAUUUUGGAAAGAACAACCUGGGACCUUGAUUGCAAUCUUGAAUCCAAAAGUGAUAAAUCAAGACCAUAUGAAAAAAAUCCACUCCAUAGUAAUUCCAAUGUAUUUAGGUAAUUGUACGGCUAAAAGAUUAGAUACAGGUAAAGGUUGUGGAAAUUGGUGUGAUUUGAGAAUUUCGGCUGAUCCGGAAAAUCAAGAAGAUGUGACCAAAAGUGUACCAGUUUGUGAAUUUCAUUUACAGCGACAAAUUAACAAAACCAGAGCUGGUCGUGCUGAAUUCUUUUCUUCAAACUCUGGAAUGAAUAAACAUGUUGGGGCUCAAUUCAACCCUGCUGGAAUGCGCAAACACGGACAGAAUGGAAAAGCAAAGUUUGAUCCUGUUAAGAAGACAGGUCUACUACCAGCCAACAAGAAUGGUAUGCGAGUGAUUGAUGGUGAAAGGACGUAUGUUUGUCCAGGGAAUCGAUCAAAUCCGAAAAACAUCAAUCCAGCCGUAAGUAAAAAACCUAGGUGGGAUGAACCAAUCGAUACGGAAAAGUUGGAUGCAAUAAGACGACGUAGGAAGAGAGAAGCAUCGGAGAAAGAACUUGAGGAAUCGAUCUUAGAGAAAGAUGUUGAUGGUGAAGUUAAGAAAAAUGGGAAUGGUGAAGUGAAGAAAAAUCAGAGUUUGGGAGAUCAAUAUUUACUAGAUGCUAAACGUCUAUUGAAGGCUAAAUCAGAGAAACUCAAGGGAGUUGAUCAAGGCUCGUCGCAUGCUUCUGGUAGUCAGUCUUCUAGUAAAGCUCCUACUCGAGCAAGAAAAACUUUUGAUGAUACACUGGUCGAAGGGAUUGGACAUAAUCCUACUAAAGAGGCUUCAACAAGUAAUUCCAAACCCAAAACCGAAGAAGAAUCAUGUAAUUUCUUAGACCUUUUGGGAGAAGAAGGACCAAUAAGAAAACUUGGACCUGAUACCUUAAGUGUUGGUGCUAAACAUGGUGCUAGACAGAAUGGUAUGUUAAAGAAAAAGACACAAGUGUCUCUUACUCUUGAGGAAGUUUCACGUUUGGAUAAGUCUACUGUUGAUGAUGUUGGUAAAGAUGAUAAAGAUGAAAGUGAUUCGGAUGAUUCGUUGAUUGUUUUACCACCUACUUGA